AUGGAACCUGUCGGAGCUUUGGCCAGUGCCAUCACCAUUGUGGGUUUAAUCAGGCCAACCGCCAAAUUCGUCAAAGCCCUCAGAGGAAUCGCCUCGGAAAAUGGCACCGUCGCCAGUGAGAUCCAUAGAAUGGCGACUCGUAUCCAAACGUCUGCCAUCAGCAUCGACAUUGCAUUGGAAGAUCUCAAAAGCCAUUCCUCGACACUAAGGCGAAUCAGCAUCACGCCGUCGAAGAUCUUGCAGUACAUCAUCGACACUGACUCAAUGCAAACCAUUAUCUCAGGUACUCAGUCUCUCAGCAAUCAGAUGAGGGACAAAGAACAGGAGUUGAAGCAACUGAAGAAACAACCGAACUUGUACAAGAAAUUAAAGUGGUGUAUAUGGGAUAAAAUGGAAGUCGAGUCCUUGUUCCCGGAGAUGCAGCUUGUAGCGACGUGUUUAUCUAUUGUCUGUCCAAUCAUCAAACUAGAGGUCAACCAGUAUAUGCUGGAGAAGUCUCCAAGCGAAGUCGCGCAAUGUUUAAGACAAGAGAUGUCGCAUCUACGUGGCCAGUUGAAGAUGGUUGAGAAACAGUGUCAGGCCUUAAUGCAGGAGCAUCACUUAAGUCUUAAUUCAGAGUUAGGCGCGGAAUUUUAUGCCCCGGCCAAGCCUCUUCUUCGGUUGGCGAGAAGCGUGCGACGGACGGGUACGGUACCUGAAACGAGGAGAGAAUCACCAGGUCGCAGGGCGUCUGCCUCAGAAGAGAUUCAUUUGAGCAUACACAGAGAAAUACCACCUGUUCUUGACGGCGAAGGCACAAGAGAGGUGCCAAGAAGGACAAGAAGAAAGACGUCGUUGCAGUCAGGCAGAGACAGGCAUUUCAACUCAGCUCCUCCAUCUCAGACUCCACGGACAUCCCCGGGCGUGAUACCCUCAAAGCCUCAAAGCCUUUCAGUGCCGCGCGAAGUACCAUCAGAGGCAUCAAGACAUAGCUCCAGCAGCAGAGAAUCUUCCAGCCAAGACUCAGUUCCACCAUCACCAUCAUCACAAAUUCCGGACACGCCUCUGACUCCACAAAGCCCUGAUAGCCUGGAGGUGCCCAAACCAUUGAGAAUAAACACCUCGACACACGAAAAUGAGUCACGCGGAGGAACCGUCCAGGCCAUUCGAGGGCAUAUAAUCAACCGCGGGAAAGAAACUCUAGUAGAAAACGCCACAGUGGAUAAACUUAGCUGCUGUAAUUACAUUUCAGUCAAAACAGCGCAUCAGCUUCGCCUUGACAUUCAGGAGCUGGAUUCUGACGAACCAGAGCACACGCAUAGCGGUUCACACGAGAUUAUAAUGCCUGGGAAGGUGAUUGGUAAGGUUACAGGUGUAGGAUGGAGAAAAGAAGGCCGGGCAAAGAUUGUCCCCGUUGAGCUUCUGGUCAAAGAUUCCUACCUUGGGAGGAUGCGAGAACACGUCGCGUUUGGGGUGAUAUUUGCCGGUGACCUUGACGCGGCUGAGAGAGGCAUUUGA